AUGACACAAGACACCAAACAUGAGGCUCUCCAGCCUGUUCAUCCCUCGAUGAAGGGCAAACUCGACCCUGUCUUUGAGAAGCUCUACAACGACAACGUCGCCAACACUCCCCUCAAACCGAUUGACCUCGGCAUCCUUCGAUCGAAAUACUCAGUUCUCUACUCGUACGGCACUGGCCCUGCACCAGAUGUCGCGCGCCAAUACGAUACUCAAAUCGUCACGCAUGAAGACAUCACUCUUGAUGUGAGAGUGUAUGAGCCCGAUACUGCUGGUCCAUGGCCUGUGCAUAUCGACUACCAUGGUGGCGGUUGGGGUCUGGGCGAUCUUGAUACUGAGAGUCAUAUUUGCAAGCAUAUCUGCAAUGUCGCUGGCGUCGCAGUCAUUGACGUCGCAUAUCGCCUUGUACCUGAGAAUGCUUUCCCAUGUGGUGUUACCGAUAGUUUCGCUGCCCUCAAGUACAUUUACGAGAAGGGCGCUGAGCGAUUCAGUAUUGAUCCAGAGAGAAUCUCCGUCGGUGGAGUCUCAGCCGGUGGAUUCAUCAGUCUUGCGCUGGCACACAUGGCGCGUGACGCAGGCAUUCCUCUUAAGCUUGUUGCUGUUGGAACACCAGUGAUUGACGAUUUGAGUCAAUACUCUUCAGCAUCAGAUUCACCCUUCAAGUCUAUGCAAGAAAAUGAGCAUGCGCCAACACUCAAUUGGGGCCGACUAGCUUGGUUCGACAAGCUCAAAUGGAGCUCCCUGGGUUCAACACCCGAAGAGAUCGCUGAGAAGCGUGCGCAAAUACCCGCGAUUUACGGCAACUUGUUCAAGGCUGAUAACUUCAACAACCUUGCAAAGACUGUUAUUUACACAGCUGGCGCAGAUCCAUUGAGAGACGAAGGUGAAGCUUACGGUAUGAAGUUGAUUGAGCAUGGGAAUGAGGUGACGAUGAAGAGGUUCCCUGGUGUACCGCAUCCGUUUAUGCAUAUGGAUAAGGAUCUCUGGCAGGCGAAGGAGUUUAUUCUGCAGACUGCUGCACUCACGCGCUAUCAAGAUAACGAGGGAACCGGUUCGGAUACUCGGGUUUGUUUUCCGGAGAGCUUGGGCUGGAUGGUGGCAAUGGGAUUUCUGUUGGUCAGCCGAAAGCAAAAAUACGCAGGCCCCCACCUCGUUUGUCUUGAUGAGCCCGAUCUCAUCCUUGUCAUAGGAAACCCAGCUGUGGCGAUUGCAGGAGACUUUGCCUCGACUGUUCGUGGCCGACAGAGAGAGCAAGCAGACCAAGGCUCAACAGCUGGACCAAUGAAUCAUGGCUCAGCGCAGAACAACCCAAAUCCUUCACCAGGUUCAGUCCAAUCCAACGUGGACCUGAGUAUCGCCGACUUGCUGUGCCAAAUGUCCACAGCCGUUCCUGUAGAUGGUGCCGACGUUGACAUGACGGGGACAUUGCCAGAACUGUCCUGGGACUUGACAACUGACUCAGGCUGGCUCGAUAUUCUCCCGGAAACACCUCCCGUUGCUGAAGACUCACCAGACAGUCUACCGAAUACCACGCUGACUCUGUAUACGCCGAGCUUGGUACCGGACAUGACAUCUCCUCACGACAAAGCAUUACUAAACCACUACUCAAAUAUUGUCGCCUCAGUGCUAUCAAGGCAUCCAAACACGACAUCAAACCCCUACCUCAGCUAUCUCGUACCCAUGGCCGUCUCAAAUCAGCUUAUCCUGCAUUGCGUCCUCGCUUUGAGCGCAACACAUUGGCAGAAGCUUCAACCCGACAUGCGAGAUAGGGCGUUAUACCACAAAGGGCAAGCGACACAAUCUUUGGCCGGUCUCCUACCCCAUGUCGAUGGGGGCUCAGUGGAUGUUGCGCUGGUGUCUUGUCUGCUUUUGUGUAUGUCGGAGCUGUUCGACGGUACCUCGGCAGGAUGGAAGCUUCACCUCCAGGGCGCAAAACGACUCCUGUCAACAGUCAAGUCCCAGACUGGUGGUAAUUUGGCAGGCCACUUCAAGUUCUUUGUCAAGCUAGCACGCUUUCUAGACAGUGCAGCAACGACAAGUACCUGCAAGCCUCCUCUGAUAGAUGACAAGACAGUAACCACUACACCUGAGCCGACUGAAGAUUCUAGCAAUGACGAUGCUGCAGUUUAUGGAAUACCGAAAGAACUGUUCCACAUGGUCGAUCGUGUGAACAACCUGGCUAGCAAGAGAGGAACAAGGGCCGACUGGAUAAUUGGGCCUAUGAUUACGGUGGACUCGCUGGCGCUGUUGCAUCUCUGUCACCAACAAAUGACGACGUACUCCAUGCAACGACUGCAUACGAAUGGGCACUCCGGCUCCGGCUUCACCAAAUCACAGAAGGAUACUCUCUAACAGAGAAAGUAUUCGAGUGUGUCCAGCACAUUCUAGACUCAGCACAGAAGAUCCGUUAUGGCAGUCCUCUCGAGAGCUGCCUAUUGUUUCCUCUGGUGAUGGCAGGCGGUGCAUGCAAUUGUCUUGAGCAGAGGAUGGUGGUGCAAGACAGGCUGAUGAUUAUGGAGCGGACUUGUGGAUUUGGAUAUGUACAUCAGAGCCGUGAGUUGGUUGAGACUGUUUGGAAGAGAAGGGAAACAGAGACGAUGGUUAACUGGGCUAGGAUUCGAUAUGAGGAGAUGGGUGGAUUAGCACUCUACUGAUAACAAUGCACAGUAUUACG